CUCUCUCUCUGCUGUCCUCCUUCCUACCUACCCUCUUCUACCUUUCUCUCUCCCUCUGUCCUGUUAUUCGUCUCUCUCACCUCCAGCCAGUCUGCAUUGACUCUCCGCAGGAGGAAGAUCACAUCUCCAGCCUUCAGACUGAGCUCCAGGCGUCCGCUGCCGCUGAAGUCAAACACCGCCUAACACACACACAAAGAGCGAGGACACGCAAGCAGGAGACACACACACACCAACGGAGGGAAAGAGAGAGAAAGACAUCCUGAGUGAGACCGAGCUGCCGCUGUCAAGAUGGCCAUGAAAAACCUUUUGAAAGAUGACGAUAUCAAGAAAGCCCUUGAUCAAUUCAAAGCUGCUGACAGUUUCGACCACAAGAAGUUCUUCGAUGUGGUGGGACUGAAGGCUCUGUCUGCUGACAACGUGAAGUUGGUCUUCAAAGCUCUGGAUGUGGACGCCAGCGGCUUCAUCGAGGAGGAAGAGCUUAAGUUUGUGCUGAAGGGCUUUUCUGCAGAUGGCAGAGAUCUUACCGAUAAGGAGACCAAAGCAUUCCUCGCUGCUGCUGAUAAGGAUGGAGAUGGAAAAAUUGGCAUAGAUGAAUUUGAAGCUCUGGUGCACGAGUAAAUCGUCAAUAUUUGGCAACCCUUUACACCACUACUCUCCUGUGAAUACCUACAGCCAAUCUUAGUGUACGUCUCUACACAUCCAACCCAGGAGCAGAACCGCCUCAUGUUUAUUUAUUUACCUUUUUCCUUUUUUAAACAUAUCUAUAUUUAAAAAUUCUGUACAUUUUAGUUAGCCAACCACAACUCAUGAAAACCUGGAGAUUUCCCCACAGCUUUGACCUUCAUUUCUACUUUUCUUGUCAUCUUUCUCUUUCUUUUUAUGCUCCUUUCUUCUUCUUAUCUUGCUCCAUCUGUCAUCCCUUCCCUUUUUUCGCUCCUCUCUUGUGAUAGAGCCACCGAACACGAUGAAUACAUGAAGAGGAUGAGAUGAAACGAGAGAUUCAAAUAUUUAAGAGAGAUACAAUAAAGCGAUGUGUUGAGGAAACAAAA